ACUUUUGACAGUGCGAGGUUAUAAUUUCUAUUUAGUAAUAGAAAAGUACCAAUCAUGGCCGAGGAGAACUGGAAUGACGACGUAGCCGAGGCAGGCAGCGUGGUUGUGGAAACCAUGUCUUUACCACAAGCCGCCGACAUUCCUGAAAUCAAGCUUUUCGGCAGAUGGAGUUGCUACGAUGUGCAAGUCUCUGAUAUGUCUCUGCAGGACUACAUUUCCGUUAAAGAGAAGUACGCAAAAUAUUUACCUCAUUCAGCUGGCAGGUAUGCACACAAGCGUUUCCGUAAAGCCCAGUGCCCAAUCGUGGAGCGCCUUACAAACUCUCUAAUGAUGCACGGUCGGAACAAUGGCAAAAAACUGAUGGCCGUACGUAUUGUCAAACAUGCGUUUGAAAUUAUUCACUUGUUAACUGGAGAAAACCCUCUGCAAGUACUCGUGACUGCCAUUAUCAACUCUGGACCCCGUGAAGAUUCGACUAGGAUCGGUCGUGCGGGUACAGUUCGUCGUCAAGCCGUUGAUGUUUCACCCUUGCGCCGAGUCAACCAAGCAAUCUGGCUUUUGUGCACAGGUGCACGUGAGGCUGCAUUCAGAAAUAUUAAAACAAUCGCAGAGUGUGUUGCAGAUGAAUUAAUUAAUGCAGCUAAGGGUUCAUCUAACUCCUACGCCAUCAAAAAGAAGGACGAGCUGGAGCGUGUUGCUAAAUCCAACCGUUAAAAUAUACUAUUAAGUCAUCUUUACAAUAAACAGGAAACUGAA